CUCAUCGCAAAUCCACAACAUUUAUGACGCGUAACAAACGUGCAACCGCCUUUUUCACGCUCCACUCUUCUAACAAACCCUCUCUCUCUCUCUAAUGUGUAGAUAAAUACACUUCCGUCGCAUGUCACACACACAAAACCAAACUGGAAAAGGCAACAACAAUAUAAGUGAAACUAUGCAAGAGGCAAUCCAUAACAUUCCGACAACUUUAAAGGCGGAGAACAGCGUUAGAUUCCUCCGGAAGAUGGCUGUGGGCCCCACCCCGAGCCAGCGGAGAGACGAGGUGAGGAGAAUGGUGGCGGAGAGCGCGGUGGUGGUGGUGGGGAGGAGGGGCUGCUGCAUGAGCCACGUGGCGAAGCGGCUGCUGCAGGGGCUGGGGGCCAACCCGGCCGUCUACGAGGUUGACGACCGCUGCGAGGACGACGUCGUCGCCGAGCUGCGGGCGUCCAACGCCGCCGCCGUGCAGCUGCCGGUGGUAUUCGUGGGCGGUCGGUGGCUCGGCGGGUUGGAUCGGAUCAUGGCGAGUCACAUCACUGGCGAGUUGACUCCCUUGCUCAAGCAGGCUGGGGCCUUGUGGCUCUGAUCCAUCAUUUUGCAUUCAUGAUUUCGAAUAUAUUUCGUGACUUAGAUUUAAUUUUAUUUAAAUUUUUGUUAUGAUGCUCGUGACUCUUUCUUCUUCUGCGUGAUCGAUAUUAAUACGAUGGGGAAAUUUGGAAAUA